UAUGUCGACGUGGCCAUCCCCUGCAAUAACCGUGGCGCCCAGGCACUUGGCCUCAUGUUCUGGCUACUCGCACGCGAAGUCCGCUACCUCAAGGGACUCCUACCCCGCGCCGAAGCCUGGGAUGUCAUGCCCGACUUCUUCAUGCACCGUCUCACCAACGACGAUCGCAAGAAGGAUGACGGCAUCUCCGACGAUGACGAAGACGCUGAAUCCCAAGCCGAGGAUGCCGAAGCUCAAGUCGAGUAA